AUGACCGAUCAUCAUUCAAAAUGCCAACCUGAAGCUUAUACACUGAGGGCUUCAUACAAAGGACGUCUCGAUAAUUUUAGCAUUUCAGCAAUCAAGCCAGACCAAAGCGUCAUUGUUACUCUCUGCGUUGGCACCCUGAAUUAUAGUUCCGUGUCUAAAGAUGUCUGGUUCGAUUCCUGGCUCCGUCCGUCAGUUGAAGAUGUAUCUCUAAGUAUUCGAUACGAUACGAUACAAUCUGAUACGAUACAAUCCGAUCCGAUACAACACGAUACGAUACGAUACGAUACAUCACAUGUAGAUGGAAGGCUGAGACAUGGGAAUACCGAAACACUGUUUAUUCCUUAG